CAAUUUUCUCCUCGUUGUGCCACUUCGACAACAGCACGACAGCAAAGAUGAGGGUGUUGGCAGUGUUGGUGGUGAUGGGGACAGCGUUGCUGGCUGGCGUGCUUGCUGGCCCAGAGCCCUCUGGCACCGUGCGCCGGCAGCACUCCAUCAUGAAGCCAUAUCUGAUGGGUGGCAGCAUGGUGAUGCCGUACUGGGACUUUAUUGGCAACGCCGUUGUGUCUGACGACUUUAUUCGCCUGACACCCGACCGCCAGAGCAAGCGCGGUGCAAUCUGGAACACCCGGCCCAUCGGCGUCAAGGAAUGGGAAAUCACGCUUCACUUUAAGAUUCACGGCCAAGGCAAAGCCCUGUAUGGUGACGGCUUCGCCCUGUGGUACACGCAGCAGCGCAACACCCUCGGCAACGUGUUUGGCAGCCGGGACCGGUGGACGGGCCUUGGCAUCUUCGUCGACACCUACUCUAACCUCGAGCUCCAGCGGAGCGGUGGCGGUGCGUAUGUGAGCGCCAUUGUCAACGACGGCAAAAUCGAGUACGACCACGACCAGGACGGAACACACCAGGAGAUUGCAUCAUGCCAGCUGAACCUACGCAACCUGGAGCAGGAAACGUACAUGCGUGUCAUCUAUCGCAAGAACACGCUGAAGGUGCUGUUCAACACCAACGGCAACGAUGACUGGCGCACCUGCUUCUUCGUCGCAGACGUCUUCCUCCCGCGCGGGUACUUCCUUGGCGUGAGUGCUGCGACAGGCGACCUGGCGGACAACCACGACGUCAUCUCGCUGGCGCUCUCGGACCCCCCGGCAUUCACGCGCGAGGAGCGCGAGCAGAUGCAGCAGAUGCAGGAGCAGGACCGGAAGACGGUGAAGGACAUUCCCGAUGCAGAUGCGGACGUGACGAAGCCGUUUGCAGCGAGCAAGCAGGCGCCCCGAGAGCACGUUGGGCCGAAGCGGAAGAAGGUGUCGUUCAGCAAGACGGCGUUCAAGAAGAUCCGACACCAGGCCGGCGAUGUCGACCAGGGCGACUCCGCAAUGGGCGGGUGGUGGAUGUACGCCGUCCUCGCUAUCAUGGUUGUUGGCGGUGUGGCUGGCAUCUACUACAAGACGCAAGUUGUGGACAAGCGCAACGCCCAGCGCUUUGCCUUCUAACCAAAGCAGCCAGGCGAGAGGUCGCAACCAUCAUCACACGUCAGAACCCAGCACCCGUGCACACGCCAGCACCCCCCCCCCCCACCACCACCACCACCACUCUACAGUCGCAUCGAAACACGUACAACCACACUUCUGCCCCCCUUCCCUCUUUGCCGUCUGUCUUGUGUUCCAUUGCUAGCUGUUCCUGUGAUCUCUGUGAUGUUGUCGUCGUUGUGAACAAUGAAAAUAGCGCACCACCACA